AUGGGUCCUAAGAAGCUACCGAAGGUCCAGAAAGACCAUUAUGCUCGUGCUUCUUUCCUUUUUCAAGCGGCAAACUUUCAUCUUAUGCAUGGCAAUCCGGAACUAAGCCGCAUGAUGGCUCGAGGUGUCGAUUUGGUGUCAAAACGAGCUGUUUUAAGGCUACUGCCACAUUUAAAAAGAUCUAUAUGUAAGAAAUGUAAGAAUGUCUUGGUUGCUGGUCUCACUAUGACCCAAAGCAUCGAAAAUUUGCUGAAAAAUGCCCCUCAUGCCGAUAUCUUGGUUCGGACAUGCAUGGAAUGCAAUACUGCAAAACGGUUUCCUAUCGGUAAAGAUCCAGAAUAUCAAUUGCAUUGUGAUAAAAAUCUUGUGUCGUGA